CUAACCGUGGGCUACAAUUGGAAAUCUCACCUCGCGAGAUGUUUUCUGCUGUCAGAUCAGGCGUGAGAGCAGCUUGUCGGUUCCAUAGUGGAAGAAGAGUUUCUUCUGUAGGACUGAAUCAUCGUGUUAUAGCCAGAGAAGUACAGAGGAGUGUGGUCUCAAGGUGGAGAGGAGUUCAUACUAGUCCAGCCAUCGCAAGUCCUCUGGUCACAUUCAACCUCCCCGAUGUUGGAGAGAGAAUGGCCACAGUCGUCAUCACUGAAUGGCUGGUGAAGGAAGGAGACACAGUGAGUAUGGGAGAUGCUCUCUGUGAAGUUCAGAGUGACAAGUCAGCAGCCACGGUGUAUUCUCCCUAUGAUGGGGUGGUGAAGGAGCUAGUGGUGGAGGAGGAAGAGACUGCCCACCUUGAGAAACCUCUGGUUGUGUUUGAGGUGGAGGAUGGGGCCACUGGAGCUGAGGAACACGAACUGAAACAGUCUCCCCCUCCACCUGCUGAGUCAGCAGCAGCUGAAACCACUCCCCCCACCCAACUGCCAGUCUCUAGUGGGAAGGUGUUGGCCACCCCAGCCGUGCGCCACCUGGCAGCUGAGAAAGAAGUCAACCUGGCAGACGUGGUUCCCACUGGGAAAGGAGGCAGAGUUGUCAAGGAAGACAUUCUCAACUACAUCAACUCCAAUACAGGUCCAACUGUGAGUGGACCUGUCACACCCCCUCCAUCCCCUCCCUCUCCUCCAUCUGCUGAGGAUCGUGUUGAGCCUAUCACUGGGUUCAAGUUAGUCAUGGUUCGUACCAUGACUGAGUCUGGUCGCAUUCCUCAGUUUGGCUACAAGGACGAGGUGGACAUGAACAAACUUGUCGAGCUGAGAUCUCUACUCAAGACCAGGCUCUCUGAGGGGGGUGUGGCCUUCUCCUACAUGCCAGUCCUCAUCAAGGCAGUCUCUCUAGCCCUCGUCCACCAUCCAGUGCUCAACAGCACCGUGGACCCAGACUGCACCACCAUCACCUACAGGGCCGACCAUAAUGUGGGUGUGGCCAUGGACACCCCACUGGGACUGAUUGUCCCCAAUGUCAAGAGAGUCCAGGUAAUGACUGUUGCCCUCUGUGCUCUGGUAUUCCUUGUGUCCUUAUCUGCAUUGUAGCAUGACAUACACAUCCAUGUUAAUGAGCACACACUUGGACGUUUUGCCACAAAGUGCGUAGAAUCCUGCUUACUGUAACGCAUUACACAUCAGUUUUUUUUACUCCAUCUCAAUACAGACUCAUCCCCUUGUGUAAAAUGAUGAACUCUUCAUUGGUAUAAAGCUGCAGAUCAAGGCUUCAAUGUACGCUAACCACUUAUUGGCGCGUGAAGCGAGCCUACCUAGUCGUGUCUACCAUUUCUUUCUAUCCGAAUGCCACACAUACCGUAAUAUCUAAAUCAGUGACAGCAACCAAGCGUGAAAUGUAGAACUGCUCGCGCUAGCUUGCCAACAAUGUGUUGCAUUCCUGCAUUUUGAUCUACGUGUUGUGUGUGUAUGCAGGAGAAGAGUGUGUAUGAGAUAGCGGUGGAGCUCAACAGACUCCAGUCCCUGGGAGCAGCUGGCCAGCUACCUCCAGUAGACACUGCAGACGGAACCUUCUCUCUCUCCAACAUUGGGGCCAUCGGAGGAACCUAUGCCAACCCCAUGUUACUGCCUCCCUCUGUCGCCAUUGGAGCAUUUGGAAGAGUCAAGGUGGUGCCUCGGUUUGACUCAGAGGGGGACCUGGAGAGAGGCCACGUGAUGCAUGUGAGCUGGGCGGCUGACCACAGGGUCAUUGAUGGGGCUGAGGUGGCUCGCUUCUCUAACCGCUGGAAGAACUAUGUGGAGAACCCAGCCUCCAUGAUAUUGGAUAUGAAAUAAUGUGUCUGACUCUUUCUGGCUGGAGAGAGUGUGUCUGUUAGUACAGUGUGCUGGUGGUGGUUGUUGUUGGCACAGGUUUUGUUUCCUUUUUCACUUAGUGCAUCAAUCUAUUGAUUUUUGUAUUAUUAUGCGUUAUGUUUUCUUUGACUCAGCAAUGUUUGUUGUGAGGGACAUCUUAUUGCUUUUGCUUGACGGAGGGUAGCAUGUUACAAUAACACCCC